AUGGCUAUGUUUCCAGGAACUGUUGCUUUUGACGAAUUUGGUCGUCCAUUUAUAAUUUUAAGGGACCAAGAAAGACAAAAACGGCUUACCGGUAUCGAUGCUUUAAAGUCUCAUAUUCAAGCUGCCCAGCAAAUAGCUAGCACACUCCGAACAUCUUUGGGUCCACGUGGCCUAGACAAGAUGAUGGUUACUCAAGAUGGUGAGGUCACGGUCACAAAUGAUGGAGCAACAAUCUUGAAGAUGAUGGAUGUAGAACACCAGAUUGGUAAACUUAUGGUGCAACUAUCACAAAGUCAAGACGAUGAGAUUGGUGAUGGCACAACUGGUGUUGUUGUUUUGGCAGGUGCUCUACUGGAACAAGCAGCUGUCUUACUUGACAAAGGUAUUCAUCCCAUUCGUAUUGCUGAUGGAUUUGAAUUGGCCGCUGCAGCAGCUUUAGAACAUUUGGACUCUAUCAGUGAAGCAUUCCCAGUGAACAAGAACACGCGUGAGCAUCUUAUAAAAGUGGCAAUGACAACUCUCGGCAGCAAAGUUGUUGUGAAGUGUCAUCGUUUGAUGGCAGAAAUGGCUGUAGAUGCAGUGCUGUCAGUAGCAGAUUUAGAAAAACGCGACGUCAAUUUUGAGCUUAUCAAAGUGGAGGGCAAAGUAGGAGGUCGUAUGGAGGAUUCUAUGCUUGUACGUGGUGUGGUCAUUGACAAGACAAUGAGUCACCCACAGAUGCCAAAAGUGCUAAAAGAUGUGAAACUGGCCAUUCUGACAUGUCCAUUUGAGCCUCCAAAGCCAAAAACCACGCACAAAUUACAAGUUGGUUCUGUAGAGGAAUACCGUGAACUGCGCCAGUAUGAACAUGAUAAGUUUUUGGAGAUGGUGCGCCAAGUUAAGGAUGCCGGCGCGACUUUGGCCAUCUGCCAGUGGGGGUUCGACGACGAGGCAAACCACUUGCUGCUGUCGCAGGGCCUGCCAGCUGUGCGAUGGGUGCACGGGCCUGAGAUGGAGUUGAUCGCGAUCGCCACCGGCGGCCGCAUCGUGCCGCGCUUCGAGGAGCUCACACCCGACAAGCUCGGCUCCUGUGGACUGGUGCGCGAGAUCACAUUCGGCACGAGCAAAGACGAGAUGCUGAUCAUAGAGCAGUGUUCGAACUCGCGUGCCGUGACCGUGCUGGUGCGCGGCGGCAACCGCAUGAUCGUGGACGAGGCCAAGCGCUCCGUGCACGACGCGCUCUGCAUCGUGCGCAGCCUCGUGCAGGAUUCGCGUGUUGUAUAUGGUGGAGGUGCUGCAGAAAUUUCGUGCUCACUGGCAGUAGCCCGUGCCGCAGACAAACUAUCGUCCCUUGACCAGUAUUCAUUCAGAGGGUUUGCAGAUGCACUAGAAUCAAUCCCAUUGGCAUUGGCUGAAAACAGUGGCUUGUCUCCAAUUGAUUCACUGUCGGAAGUUAAAGCACGACAGGUUUCUGAGAAUAACAAUAAUCUUGGCAUAGACUGUAUGGGCACAGGUUCAAAUGAUAUGAAGGAAAUGAACGUCAUUGAGUCUCUUCAUUCCAAGAAGCAGCAGAUUGCACUCGCCACACAAAUGGUCAAGAUGAUCCUCAAAAUAGACGACGUGCGGUCGCCAGCCGACGGAAUGGAAUAA